UUUGAUUGAGCAUCGUUUAACGUAUAUAAAUAAGGUUGUCGUCGUUGCGUAUCUAUAGUGAAUUGCAUCGAAUCGUUAUCCUUUUACGAAAUAUUCUUCGUGAAGAGUUGCUUCGAUGUGAAAUAUCGACGAAGGGUAGCAUCAGAAAUUUUUCUGCGCAUGUCUCUUGUGUGCAUUACCACACGCAUUUCUGUUAAUGCUGUGGCAAGUUUCAACGUAACUCGCCGUACCUAAUCUUAGGAAAACGUUUCAUACUUUCAAAUAAAAUAACAGAAUAAAAAUGUUAAGUGUACAAAUAAGUGACGCCUUUGGCAUGAAACAGAUCCUUACAACCGAUACUCCACUUAAAGUUUACGAAUUGCGCGAUCAAAUUAAAGGUUUUUCCGAGAAUUUUUACGUUAUACACAAUGGAAAGCUCGUGGAUGAAAAUACCACUUGUUACAAUGGUUAUAUUUCCGUUGUACCAAGAUUGUUCGGUGGAAAAGGAGGUUUCGGUUCCAUGCUACGAGCAAUCGGGGCACAAAUCGAGAAAACUACAAAUCGCGAAGCUUGUAGAGAUUUAAGUGGACGCAGACUUCGUGAUAUCAACGAAGAAAAAAGACUAAAAGUUUGGAUUGAGAAACAAGGAAAACGAGAAGAGGAAGCGGCAGAACGUAAAAAAAAGAAGUUGGAAAGACUUUGUGCCGAACCUAGACACGAGUUUAAAGAUCAAACUUACGAGCGCGAAAGAUCAGCUCUUACAGAAAGAGUUGGAAAUGCAGUUGAAGAAGGUUUUAAAAUGGCCACUGUUGGAGUAAAAAGAAAACGCAACGACGAAUUUAAACCAAAUAAAAAGAAAAUAUUAUUAGAUCUUGAUAUCGAUUCAGAUGAACUUACCAACAGUUCCGAUGAAAGUGAGGGAGAAGAAAAGAAGUCAGAGGAAGUAGUCAAAAGUACAGAACUAAUGUCAAACGAUAGUGGACAUUCCAGUGACGAAAGUGGAGGAAGAAUUGAAAAUAAAAGUAAAAUAGAAAAUAUAGAUUCAGAGGCAAGUUCUGAGAAUGAAGUUGGUAGUGAAAAUUCAAGUAAAGUCGAAGAUGAAAAAGAACCUGCCAGGCCAGAUUAAAGUAAAUUUUUAAUGUCAAAGUAUACCAAUAAAUGCCUUAAAAUACCUGUAUAACAUUUGUCACGUGC